AUGAGCAAGCCCGAAGACAUCGUUGAUGCAGUCACCGCCGUCGUCGGCGAUUUGUUCACCAGGUUGACUGGCAUUCAUGCCGCUACCUUUCCCGACCAAUCAAUCGGGGGAAAUUCGCUACAGUACAACAAUAUCUUCAACGACACCUUUAACGCCAAAAAUGUCAACAAAGCACUAAAAUUCACGACUGGAGCAGGUAUCAAGUUUGUUCCUGUCGUGGGAGGUUUACUCUCCGGUCUUCUUUCAGCGUUAUGGCCUGACCCAGAAAAUAAAGGCCUUGUCUGGGAGGACAUUGAAGACAAGAUGACUGAGGGACUUCACAAAGUCAUGAGAGAUUACCUUGAUCAGGAAUCAGGCAGCGUUGAGAAGGGACAAUAUUUCACGUCUCUUGUAACGGCCCUAUCACCUGAUCAGCCGUUCUACUUUGAUGACAAAACGCCCUGCGAUAACCUUGCAUACUUUGUCUCUGUCGGGACGCUACAGUUGACCGUGCUACGAGAACAGCAUCUGUUUUAUAGCCAGAUCUACGGACACGAGGAUCACCAAGCUGCAAAACAUAAGAAGGACCUUGAAGAUGCGGCCAAGAAAUACCUGACCACCCGCAACCAGAUUGUCGCCGAGUGUCUCAAAUAUCACAAGGAUCAAAUUAAAGAAGAAUGGCACGAGAAGGAUGCUGGGUAUUUCAACGCCAACGCGGUCAGCCUCAAGAAUCCCCUUCGAAAGGUUGAUGAGCUCUUCAAGUGGGACGACAUGUCGCCACUUGGGAAAUACAAGUUCCAGUGUCGGCGAAAGCAGUUCCAGACUUGGCUUGACGCCGGCUACAAGGCACAAGUCGAAGCACUCCUCAGUCCCUCCUUCUCCUGGCCUUUGUACUUUCCAACUCCCCAUGCAGAUUUAAGAUCCGAAAACUCUGCGCAUCCAGGCUGGAUGGGCGAUGGUGCCAACUUGUCGAUAAGCUAUGAUGUCUGCUACUUUGACCAUGAAGAUUUGUUCAGAAAGCACGGUCCUAUUACAAAAGUCAUUCUUCACGCGGGCGAUAGGCUCGAUGGCAUUGAACUCUGGUACGGCGAUCAGAAAGCCGAUAUACGUGGUGCAAAGAGUGGCUACCAGCAAAAGACAUUGGAGUUGAAGACGGGAGAGAUGAUCACUGGACUCUGGGCCAAUGGCGGAAGCGAUGUUCUCACCGCCAUGAAGUUAUCGACGACAAGUCAAGAUGGACAAGCUAGAGGGACUAUUUCAGUGGCCAGAGAUGGGAUUGAGCCUUCUACUUGA